AUGUUGAGUGCCACUCCUUUUGCGUCCCGAGAAAACAGUACCAACAAUUUGACACCACCCUCUUCAGUAUCCUCUACCUCGGGUCAACAACCUUCUCUUCAGCACCAACAACAACAUCAACCACCCUCUCAUCAUCAUCACUCCCAACAUGCUGAUAUCAGACGUGUGCUCAGUCAAGGAAAUGUCGACGACGUGAUACAAGAUGAAUUUGCAGCAGAUACUCUUGUUGAGUUUGAUGAAUAUCCUUUGAAUCAUCAUCAUCGAUAUCAUCAUCCACGUCAACCACAGGAUCAUGAUCCAUCUCAUAUCAGGUCUAGACCUAAUAACAACAACAAUGAACCACUCUCUACCUUACCUUCAUCAUCCUCUUUCAAUUCUUUAUCAAGUGCUUUGGAUGGUCAUCAUCAACAUGUUCAUUACUCUUUGGAUGAAAACAAUGUGUUGCAAAGUACGAAUAGGAAUCAUCAGCAUCAUCAUUGGAGAGGACAACAACAACAUCUCACGAAUCGAAAAGCACAACCACCAACUAUGACGACAACGACCUUUCCUUCAUCAUUGAGCUCAAUCUCAGAUCAUAAUGCUGCAACAAGAACAACAUUGGUAGAAUCCAAUCCUCAUGAAGAUCAUCAUCAUUAUGAAGACGAUCAUCAUCAUCAUGACGACACUCACAAUAUGGUCUUGCUCAUUCCCAAAGAAUCAACAUGUUCCGAACAACAACAACAAGAUACAUCACCACAUGAUCAUGACAUUCAUCAACAAGAACACAACCAAGAACACCAUUCCAAUAUUCUCAUUGAUAAAUAUCUCAGUUUUGAACAACAUUUACUUCGUCGAAGUGAUAAAAAAAGAGACAAUCAAUAUCGAACUCAAUUAGAAUUAAUUACUGCCAUUGAUGAACAUUGUGAUAGUGUUCUUCAUACCUAUUCAUGGUUUCGAUUAUUUAUAUUAUCCUUAAUGGGUGGAGUCUAUGUAGCCAUUGGAACACUCACAAGUGGUCUCAUUUCAAGUGAUCUCUCAAGUAAGGCUUUACAAAAAUUAUUAAUAGGAAUAGCCUUUGUUGGUGCAUUUACAAUGAUUAUAUUCAGUCGUUCCAUUCUCUUUACUGAAGUGAAUAUUUCAGUGAGUGUUCAUUUAUUUAAAAGUGAUCUCAUUGGAAUUAUUCGAAGAUCCAUUUAUUGGUUGUAUAAGGCUAUCUUUACAUGUUGUAAAAAUCACAUGCAUGUCAAAAUUAGAAGAAUCUCACAUAAGAGUAUCAAAUUAAUGACAGUACUCUAUUCACUUCGAUUAUGGGGUAUUGCUAUUAUUGGAAAUGUAUUAGGAACAGUAUUGAUGAGUGCCAUUUUGAAUGGUAGUUUUGUUUGGUAUGACAAUAUUUCCAUGAUUCAAUUUCUUGCAAGUACAACCUAUAAGAAAGUUCAUACCUUUUCUGUGAGAGGUGUGAAUGGAUGGUUUUCAUGUCUGUUAUCUGGAAUGAUUGCUAAUUUCAUGAUUGGAGUAGCAACUUUAUUAUGUAGUUCAUCAACAACAAUUGUGGGCAAGAUUAUUGCACUUUCAUUUCCUAUCAUUGCAUUUGCUGCUUUAGGAGUUCAACAUGCACCUGCAAAUCUCGGUUAUUUUUCACACAUUUUCAUUUGGAAAGAAUUAUUUGGUAUGGAAACCAUUUCCAACAUGACCACCAUUACACCUGAAAUUUAUUACAUUUCUGAAGAGAUUCAAUGGUGGGAUUCAUUGAUAUGGAAUGUCAUUCCUGCUGGAAUUGGAAAUGCUAUUGGUGGAGUAUUCUUGGCAUUUAUUUUUGUUUAUACUUUUAUCAAGUAA